UAUAUCUCUCUCGUGCGACCGGUCCACUCAGCUAACAUUUAGCUGGCCUUGCGCGGAAAUUCAAUUCGUCUGCUUUUCCAUGGCGCUUCUUCAGCUUUGCGGCAGAGCGCCACGUCUCCUCCCUUCCCGCCACCGCUUCCCGGUCAGCGGCGUCUUUGACCGUCGGAACGUCCUUUUAGCUAGAGAGACGAAGUUCGAACUUUCUAACUUGUCUUUGAAGAAUCGAUUUGCUACUGCUCGCUUUGCUCCUUUGAGAUGCGCUUCCGUCAACGGCUAUUCGACGGAGAACGGAGCUGGGAGGAUUGAUGUUGACGGAGCACUAGGAGAGGAGGAUGGAAAUGAGGAUGAGAUGCACCAACGGAUUCGGAAUUUCAUCGAGUUCCUGCCGUCAAUUUUACCCGGGGGGAACUGGUGGAGCUUAUCCGAUGACGUCGACGUGAAACUCGUGGCGGAGCCGGUGACCGUGUGGAAGGCGCUAGGGCGGAUGUGGCAGCUGGUGGCUCAGGAUCGUUGGGUCAUCUUCGCCGCGUUCUCCGCCCUAAUUCUGGCUGCGGUAUCAGAAAUAUCCAUACCACAUUACUUGACGGCGUCGAUUUUCACGGCACAGAGCGCCGACGUUACGACCUUCCACAGGAACGUCCGGCUGCUGGUUCUGCUGUGCGCUACUUCCGGGAUAUGCAGCGGGUUAAGAGGUUGCUGCUUUGGCAUUGCGAAUAUGAUCCUUGUGAAGCGGAUGAGAGAAACUCUUUACUCUUCAGUUCUUCUUCAGGAUAUUUCAUUUUUCGACAAUGAAACAGUUGGUGAUCUGACGAGCAGGCUUGGAUCAGAUUGCCAACAAGUGUCUCGGGUUAUUGGGAAUGAUCUUAACCUAAUCUUGCGAAAUGUUGUGCAGGGUACGGGUGCAUUGACCUACUUGCUGAUCCUGUCUAGGCCGCUUGGUCUGUUUACAGUAUUCAUAUGCUCAGUUUUAGCAGCUGUAAUGACAGUCUAUGGCAUGUAUCAGAAGAAGGCAGCAAGACUAACCCAAGAUUUCACAGCUUCUGCCAAUGACGUGGCUCAAGAGACAUUUUCUUUGAUCAGGACAGUUCGUGUUUAUGGAACUGAAAUAUUAGAACGUGAAAGGUACAAUUUUUGGCUGGACAAAUUGGCUGAUAUCAGUCUCAAACAGAGUGCUGCAUAUGGAUUUUGGAACUUGAGCUUCAACACACUUUAUCACUCUACUCGGGUCAUUGCUGUGUUAUUAGGAGGCAUGUCUAUUCUUGCUGGUCAAAUUACAGCGGAGCAACUCACGAAGUUCAUAUUAUACAGCGAAUGGCUAAUAUUUUCUACUUGGUGGGUGGGAGACAAUUUAUCAUCUCUCAUGCAAUCUGUUGGCGCUAGUGAAAAGGUCUUCAAAAUGAUGGAUCUCUUGCCAAGUGACCAGUUCGCGACAAAAGGCAUGCUAUUUUCAUGCAUGAAUUAUUUGAUGAUUGAAUACUUCCUAAAUGUGAACCUUAUCAGAUCACAGCUACAAAAGCUGAAGGGAAGCAUAGAAUUCGAAAACAUAUCUUUCCAUUAUCCUUCUAGAGAGUCAGUGCAGGUACUGCAACAUGUAAACCUUACCGUACAUCCUGGGGAAGUGAUUGCAAUAGUUGGUCUUAGUGGUAGUGGGAAAAGCACUCUGGUGAAUUUGUUACUCCGCCUGUAUGAGCCAACAACUGGUCAGAUUUUGAUUGAUGGCAUUCCCCUUCAAGAACUGGACAUCAGAUGGUUUAGGGAAAGAAUUGGGUAUGUUGGCCAGGAACCCAAACUCUUCCGCAUGGAUCUGAGUUCAAACAUAAGUUACGGAUGUCCAGGAGAUGCAACCCAGGAGGAAAUCGAGCAUGCUGCUAAGGAGGCAUAUGCUCAUGACUUCAUCUCUUCAUUACCUAAUGGCUACAAAACCAUUGUUGAUGAUGAUUUGCUCAGCGGAGGUCAGAAGCAAAGAAUUGCUAUCGCUCGGGCUAUUCUCAGGGACCCUACGAUUUUGAUCCUUGAUGAAGCCACAAGUGCACUGGAUGCCGAGAGUGAGCACAAUGUUAAGGGAGUCAUUCGUUCCCUUAGAAGUGACUCAAUGUCAAGGAGAACUGUCAUAGUGAUCGCUCAUAGGCUCUCAACCAUACAAGCUGCUGAUCGCAUUGUCGUUAUGGGUAAUGGUCAAGUUAUCGAGAUGGGGAGACACAAGGAAUUGCUGCUUAAAGAUGGAUUGUAUGCUCAAUUAACCAGAAGACAAGCCGACGCAGUGGCCUAAUUCCAAGUUGUGCAGAUUACUCCCGUUGGUGCACUGGCAUAGCAAAUUAAGCUGUCUUGAACAAGCCUUCUUUACCUCCUAUGGUCGUACUACAGAGGUAAAAAGAGGCAUUUCCGAAGUAAAUGUAAAAUGUGUUGGAAGUAAGAAGCACAAUAUUAGCGGAAGGUAUGUGAGGGAUCCAAAUUGUAUCCUUCACUAGCUUUGAACCCGGUCAAAGCGAUCUUUUGAAGAUAAUUUAGUUUGUCUUAAACACACAUGAAAUUUUUGUGUAUUAUGAUUCUACAAAACUAAAUGUUGUUAUUGUCAGUAACUUAGUAGAAUAAGAAAUGUGUCUUGUAAAUUAUGGUAGUGCAUGAGUCAUUUGAUGGGAUAUAAUUUAAUGAUAUUGAUUAAGUGACUACACUGUCGAAUUUGAUGAUGAUCAUAUUUUUUGAAUCCUUUUUUCCAGCAUAUAUUAAAAUGAAUAUCAUUAUGUAGCUCACACAAAAUCUGAUUUUUUGAAGCACACAUAUAUGAAUUUGUAGUU